CCGUCCCCACGCGGCAGGGAGAAGCCCGCAUCUCUCCCUCUGCAGGAAGGCGCGUCACCCGCAGCCCGGGCUCUCGGCCCUUGGCCACCUCGCGGGGGACCCCGGCGGCACGAGCGGGGGGACAUGCCGGGUGCCAACGGCUCGUGGCACAGCGACGCGGUGGAGGGGACCGUGGCCGUGCCGCUGGUGCUGGAGUGCGGGCUGGGCCCCCUGGGCAACAUGGUGGCCCUGUGGCCCUUCGCGUUCCGCCUCAAGGCGUGCCAGCCCGACGCCGUGUACCUGCUCAACCUGGUGGCCGCCGACCUCCUGCUCGCCGUCCACCUGCCCUUCCACGCCGCCUUCUACCUGCGCCACGAGACGUGGCCCCUGGGACACGCGUCCUGCCGCGGCCUCCUGUUCCUACAGGUGCUGAGCCGCGGGGCGGGCGUCGCCUUCCUCACGGCCGUGGCCGUGGACUGCUACUUCCGAGUGGUCCACCCCCGGCUCAGGGCCAACUCGCUGUCCCCGCGGGCGGCCCGGGGGGUCUCGGGGUGCGUCUGGCUCCUGCUGCUCGGCCUCAGCCACCGGAGCCUGCUCGUGUCGGAGGCCGAGUGCCCCGGCCUGGAGCCCCAGGGGCAGCUCUCCCUCAGCGCCCUCUGGCGGGAAGCCCUGUUCUCCGCGCAGUUCGUUCUCCCCUUCGGCCUCAUCCUGUUCUGCAACGCCAGGAUCGUCAGGACCCUCCGGGGGCGACUCCGAGACCCGGACCGGCAGCCCCAGCUGCAGAGGGCCCGGGCGCUGGUGACCGUGGUCGUCGUCCUCUUCGCGGCCUGCUUCCUGCCCAGCUUCCUGGCCCGGGUCCCGGUGGCCGUCUCCCGAGGGGCGGGCGGCUGCAGGGUCCUGGGAGCGACGGUGCACGUGUCCGACGUGAGCAACGGCCUCACGUACCUGCAGAGCGUGCUGAACCCAGCGGUGCACUGCUCCUCCAACCCCGCGUUCAGACGCUCCUACCGCAGGGUCUUCAACACCCUCAGAGGCCGAGGGAGGGAGGGCGAGGCCCCGGGUGACAUCAACGACUCCUACUGCUGAGGCCGGCCACCCGCCCCCGCGGGCUGAGCCGUGACGACGGGCUCCUGGGGCUCCGGAGCAAGGAAAUGCCCGGGCUGCGCUACAAAGGUGGGGACCCCGACUCCGGCGCACCCGCAGCGAACGUCUCCUAUCCGCGGCCUACCGUGUUUCCCGCGUCUAUUGUGCGCGAUCGGACCUCGGAUCGGUGAGCCAGAGGCUCUUUGCGCCCACGACGACGCAGACGGCACGGCCGGCCUGGAAACACACAGUCGCGGGCGGCCCCCACCGGGGGAAGCCGCCCUCGUGGGUUCCCGCGCUGCCCGCUCUCGGUGAGUCGCCUGCUGUCUGCUUCAGCCCCCGAACGCACCGAGUCUGCUUUCUUCCCACUUUGCACGGACUCGUAACGGACUCGGGAAAGUGGGGACGUGGGGCUGCUCGGCCAGGCUCUGGGCGUGCACCUUCCCGUGCUCUGUGCUGGGCCCUGCCUGGCACGGAAAGUUCUCCAUUUCAUAAAAUUCUGCCUCGUCUGCGCAGACGGUGCCUUAUGUCCAAGAUCACGCGGCUCCCUAGUUUAUCCUAAGAAACGCGUUCCUACUAAGCGAGUCGAAAUUGCCUCUGGAACUUCCUUCUCAAGUCGGAAUGUCUACAUGCUUCUGAAAUUCACUUUGCUUCCCUGCUCUGGGAAGUCACUGUACGUAAUGCCUCGUGGGAGAAACGCACAGGGGGAGACCCCAAACCGCGGUCCCCACCCGACACUGAGGGGUGGAGGGGGGGCCACCCCAGCCCAGCCCUGGUUCUCCUGCAACAGCUGCAUCGUCCCAUGUCAUACUUCUAAAUUAUGCCCCAAGCCUGGAGCUCAUGAUGGUGACAACCUCCUCCCUAACUGCCUUGUCUCUCACUCUCUGUCCAAAGCUGGUAGUGUGGUCCCCAAAACAGACUCCCCAGGAUGCUGAGACACAGGAUCGGCUUCGCAACCAGGCCCACACCUGUCACCCUGCCUGGAGCCGCACCUGCACUGCCCACGCAGACAGAUGGCCCACGCUUCUCCCCGGGCCACCCCAUGGCCUCUGUCAUACUUAAGGUGGACGUGGGUGACAUCAGGCAGUAGAAAAUGGCAGAUCGUCCCGGGUCUGUUCUACCAGGGAGGCUCCUUCUCGGAACCGAAUUUAACAUGUGAGUGUGUUCGUCUCACCGUGCCCAGCUCGUGACGUAUGUCAAAAUCUGCCUCACAGAGUCCCCGGGGGGUCACCGUCUCUCAGCGAUGCUCCCUACUUUCGUGGGUUUUGUGUCCUCCCCGGGGAGGGGAUUUCAGGGGCCUGGAACGCAGGUGUGACCCGCUGUGCCCGGCUUCCUGCGCGGACAGUCCUACGUGCUGCUUUUUAAAAAUCUAACACUUACUGUAAA